CUCUCUGUCCCCGGGAGGACCCUCCCUCAAGCUGACUAGUCUUUGGAAAGGGGCAGAGCCAGCGGUCCUCACCUACCCGGAGGCUCCUCCCUCCCUAUCCCUGGAAAGGGGAGGGCCCAGCCUGCCCGCCUGCGGGAGGCCUCUCCCUCCAGCUCCACCUAGGCCCUGGAGGGGGGCGGAGCCAGUGCACUUGCCUGCGAUAGGUCCUGUCCAGGCCCGGGAAGAGGGCGGGACCAGAGCACCCGCCGGCGGGAGGCCCCUCCCUCCAGCCCCGCCUAGGUCCAGGAUAUGGGCGGGGCUACCGCGGACGCCGCUGCCGCCGUCGCCACGGCAACGCGGCCAUAUUGGGCGCAACCGAUUCAGAGGCCGGGGUCUCCGUCUAGCGUGGCUCCAAGGCAGGCGGCACGGCAUGGACGGCCUCUUCGUGGAGGAGGUGGCCGCCUCGCUGGUGAGGGAGUUCCUCAGCAGGAAGACCACAGGUGAGCCAGUUAUCUGUUGGAACUCAUCUUCCUGUUGGUUCCCAUUGCCUGGAUCCUCUGGCUGCAUGUAAGCUCCUUGAACUCAGGAGAACAUCCAUGAUGGCCUCCUGAUCAGGAUCCAUGGAAGUGACUUAUCUGCUGCCUCAGCCUCCUGGGCUUAAAGAAGACGUGUGUGACCAUGGACCAGGAACACCCACGCUCUGACCUCAGCAUAAACAGCAGACAUGACCUCCGUAAGGUUUUGCAUCUCGAAUUUCUGUACAGGGAGAACAAGGCAAAGGAAAAUCCUCUAAAAACAAGCCUUGAACUCAUAACCAGAUACUUUCUGGACCGCUCAGAUAGCAGUUCCACUCAAGAAACUCUAAUUCCUGCACUCCCAAUUCCGAAGAAGAGCAACAGAUUGCCACUGAGAUGUUCAGAGAGUACGCUUGUAAACAUAUAUGAUCUGGAGGAUGAAGACACAAGAUGGAGAACAUCAUUGUCAGAAGCAAGCAAAGCCAGACCUGACAAUCUUGAUGGGGAUAUGCUUGGUAAUUCUGUGUCAUCCAAAAGGCCCAUACACAGAGAUAAUUCUUUGUCCACGGGCCCGGGUGGAUGCCCCUCCUUGACUUCUGUGUGGGAGAAGACGGAUCGCCUUCCUUCACCAGAGCCUGCCAUGGAUGGGAAGAGGCCAGGGGAGAAGAUCAGGCACAAGGCUGGCUUGAUUGUCCGAGGCAUGAUGGCUGGGCCCAUGGCCAGCUCCCCACAGGACUCUUUCCGUAAACGCUCUCUCAGGCGGUUUACGCCCUCAAGCAGCAAGACCCAACUGACAGAAAAGGAAAAACUGUUGGUAUCCAAGCUUUCUGCACUUGCCCCAGCCUGUGCAGGCCCUCAGGGGGUCCCGGCUUCCAGCAGUGCUUCUGUCUCCAGGAGCCCCUCAGGCCAGCAGAGCAAACCCAUCAUGGAGAGGCUGGAAACCACCCCCAGCAGACAAGGGCAGCCGCUACAGGAACGACCCAGGCCAAGGGGUCCUUCAGAGGACAGCUCAGCAGAAGAUGGUCCUGAAGAGGCACCCUGGAAGUUGCACUUGUCUGGUGGGAAUUCAAAGACCACCCAGGAACUACUGGAAAGAACCUUCAAGCAGCAGGACAGCCAGACCCCUCCUCUCAGGAAUGAUCGUUUGAUGCCUGACAAAGUGGAUGAUGAGCUGGGUGCCCUUCGGCUUGAGGACGUAGAGGAUGAAUUGGUGAGGGAAGAAGUCAUUCUGUCCCCUGGCCCAUCAGUGCUCAGGUUGCGAAUAGCAUCAGAGCCAAUUGACCUUGCAUUGGCAAAGGAAAUCAAGACCCUUCUGUUUGGUUCUGCUUUUUGCUGUUUCAAUGAAGAGUGGAAGCUUCAGAGUUUUUCCUUUAAUGACACUGCCUCACUGAAAUAUGGCAUUGUGCAGAACAAGGGUGGCCCCUGUGGGGUGCUGGCUGCUGUCCAAAGCUGUGUGCUACAAAAACUCCUGUUUGAAGGAGAGAGUGGAGCCACUUGUCCUCGAUACCUGGAGACACCAUCCCAGAGUUUGCAGCAAUCAGACAAGGCAUGUUUGCCCACCAUGAUGUUUGUACCUAUGAAAAGGCUGCUGCAGCCUUCAGAUGCCCAGAGGACUCGCUGUCUUGCCCUGGCUAUUGCAGACAUCCUGUGGCGGGCUGGGAGCCACCAGCGAGCCGUGGUCACAUUGGCUUCGGGAACACAGCAGUUCAGUCCAAUGGGGAAAUACAAAGCAGAUGGAGUCUUAGAAACACUCAUGCUCUAUAGUUUGACCUGCUAUGAAGAUCUGGUGACUUUUCUUCAACACAGAGUUCAGCAGUUCGAAGCAGGCCCCUACGGCUGCAUCUUGCUCACCCUGUCUGCCAUCCUGUCCAGGUCUCCAGAGCUUGUCCGUCAGGACUUCGAUGUCCCCACCAGCCACUUGAUUGGAGCACAUGGCUACUGCACACAGGAACUCGUCAAUCUGCUCCUGACUGGGAGGGCCGUGUCCAAUGUUUUCAACGACGUGGUGGAGCUGGACUCCGGGGACGGGCGCAUCACACUGCUCCGAGGCAUUGCUGCGCGGAGUGAUGUUGGCUUCUUGUCUCUCUUUGAGCACUACAACGUGUGCCAGGUUGGCUGCUUCCUGAAAACUCCGAGGUUCCCCAUCUGGGUGGUGUGCAGCGAAAGCCACUUCAGUGUCCUUUUCAGCCUGCAACUAGAUCUCCUGUCUGACUGGAGGGCUGAGCGACUUUUUGAUCUGUACUACUAUGAUGGCCUUGCAAACCAGCAGGAGCAGAUCCGACUAACUGUAGAUACCACUCAAGCCACCCCUGAGGAUAGCCACAAAGACCUUGUCCCUCCCCUGGAGCUCUGCAUCAGAACCAAGUGGAAGGGGGCGUCUGUGAACUGGAAUGGCUCCGACCCCAUCCUGUGACCCUUGGAUGCACCUAAGUUCUACAGCUCCAUUGCUCAUCACCAGCAACCCACGUACUCCAAGCCUUGGACAAGUCUCUGAAAUUCAUCUCCACUGAGGCCAGCAUGACCACAGGCAUGCGCAAAGCCUCCCUGCCCUCUCUCUGAAGGGCCUUCCCAGGCCUGGGGGCCCCCACACACAGUGGAGGCUCUCUUCUGCUAAGCACCAACUGCCAAAGACAGGAGGAGGUCACCAGGACUGGCUAUCUUCCAUUUGUACCCCCUCCUUACCCUGGCUGGGUCAUCCCUUGAUAUUUAGGUGGCUGCACAUUCUAUAAAGCAAGUGUCAAAUUUGUGCUGAGGACUCCUUUCUCUACUGUUGGCAAGGUCUGGGGUAGGAGGGAGAUGGUGGAAGCUUCAGAACCAGGACUGCCCCUGGCAGGUGGUUUCCUAUCUCCCAAGUGGCUAGCACUGAUCUCAGGCGCCACGCUACAGGAGGCUGAGCUGACACCUGCAUCCCCAGAGGCUUGGUCAGAUGAGGGAUCUGGCCAAGCAAGUGUGAAGAGGAACCAGCAGGGAGGGGGCCUCUGGGACAAGGAGUGGGAUGGGGACAAGCCGAGGGACAGGGAAGUGAACUGCUGAAGUAUGGAUGGGCAAAGGCUCUGAGCCCGCACGUCGCAGUGCGCACGUCGCAGUGAGAGAAAGAAGGCUGCCCAAGUCAUGCUUAAGCAUUCAUUUGUGUGCUGUGGGUUUCAAGAAGGAAUACUAGUAGGAACCCUGGUAAAGAGGAAGAGAUAGGGAACGAGUUAUGCCAAACCAGGGACCAUGACAGGCUGAAGAGGAGGACAAAGCACAUACCCAUGUGAGGAGCUAGAGCAGGUAACAGCGAAGUCCAGAACAAGUAACACCAACACCAAGCCCAGAACAGGUAAUGGCAAAUCCCAGAACAGGCAACAGCAAUGCCCAGGACAGGAGCUGCCUCCCUUGCCUGAUCCUGUCUGUGCUCAGUGAGUAACUGGGUCGUGACCUGGUACUAUGCAGAGCCAGGUGUUUGUGCUUGUGUUACAGGCUGACAGAGGCCCAGGUGAGACACAAAUGCUGGAGGCAGCUGGCCUCAGCCUUUGAGUGCCCUCUUAGGGCUUAGGACAUAAGCCCUGCUAGGGCUAAGUCCCUCUAUAGUGCAGGGCGGAGGGGAUCUAUCUGGCAUUUGGCUCCCUCAGCAGGGCUUGCAUGGAGGGGAUCUAGUAGGCAUUUGAGUCCCUCUGUGGUGCAGGUAUGGAGGGGAUCUAGCUGGCAUUCAGUGAUGUUACCUACAAAGCCUGCCUUUUAUUCCUUGUAGAUGGAGCAUGUCUCUGUGGAGAAGCCAGGAGGUGCUAGCAAGGUCCAAGGGAAAUAGGGGACAAGGACUACUCUGCACUGUGUCCAGGGCCCUGUGGGGUUGACUAUAUAAACUGCAGUGGCCGCUCACCGCAGGGUUCCUGCAGAACUGCUUCCUAUAUCCCCUGCAAUGUUUAUGGGUUUGUUUUUCUUGGCCAGGGACAGGCACUGGGGACAGAGCUGGGCAAGGAAGUCAGCUGACCUGCGGAGCCCUUGUUUAUCUGCCUAAGGAGGAAAAGUGUCUUUCAAUGAAAAUCACUUAGCCUCUCAGCUGGGGGCUCUUUGGCAGGGCUGGAAAAAAGCCAUUCCCAGCCCUGCUCUAGAAGGCAACAUCUAACAAGCGCAGAGCAUUCACUGUUCUUCAAGCCCAGAGGCAGAAAUAUGGCGUUCCAAGCCCUGGAUUAGGUGAGCAGAGCUGGACACCACCUGCUCCUAGGCUGUGGUGGCAGGGCAGCCCUCUAUCCCUACCAAGCCCACAGGAAGGAAGCAGCAUGGCCCAGUCCAGCAGGAAAUUCUCUACCUGAGAGCAUUGUUUUCUGGAGCCCAUGAGCAGAAUUUGGAGUUCAGAGCUCCUCCCAAACUAUAGUGAAGACUUGUGCUCAUGUGCAUAGGUCAAGGCCUUAAACUUGGAGCAGCCUCUUCCAGCUUCCAGAGCUCCAGAAAGGUUCAGCCCGGCAGUGAAUGCCCACCCCCCCCCCCCCAAGGCCUCACACAUACAGAUAUCAGGAAGUAGGCCUUGGUGCCAUGAGCGUGGAGGACAGCUGUCCACUGCCUCACUGCUGCCAUGCCUUCCUCUCCUUCCCUUGGUCUUUCCAUGGGUUAGCGGGCCAAGACCCCAGGCUCUCUUGACAGCAGAGCCCCUUCUCCCCCUGUGGUGGCCAUUAGGGGAGGGAACUGUCACUGACUCCCUUGGCUUCUCCAGGGUGGAAGGCAGGACAGAAAGCUCUGGAGGCCAAGUAGACUUCACCGGUUCCUUCUCUGGAGGGCACCUCCUGCUAGGGCUCUCUGUCUCUGACCAGUGGAAA